UCAAGACACAACCUUUUGAUAAGGCGAUGGCAAACUACAGGGGUUGCAUUAUGGAUGUGGACCCGAAAUGUCGUGAGAACAACUUGGCUCACCAUAGCGGGGAGAUCGAUUGGAAGCGCUUGAUUGUGCGUCGGGGUCAGCCCUUCGCCAUCUCGGUGCGGUGCUCCGAGUCUGCCCUGCGCCAAAACCAGCUGGCUUUGGUUUUGCACCUUGGUAAGCGAGACGAGGUGGUGAUCAAGGUUGAGAAGGGCAGCCGCAGCGAGGGCGCUUGGUGGUUUGCAGAGGAGGUAGCCCAGGGUCAAGCGCUGUUGACUCUCCACAGCCCGGCGGACGCCAUCGUCGGCCAUUACUGUCUGGACGUGUCGGUGACGUCACCCAGUGGACACGUGCUGGAGAAGAACGAUAAGAUUAACUUCCACCUGCUUUACAACCCAUGGUGCAGAGAUGAUGCUGUGUACCUCCCCGAUGAGAAGCUCCUCCAGGAGUAUAUCACGAAUGAGCACGGCAUCAUAUACGUGGGCAGCUCGGACUACAUCGGCAGCCGCCAUUGGCAUUUCGGACAGUUUGAGGAAAAUGUCAUGGACAUCUGUUUUGAAAUCCUGGACAACUCCAACGAUGCCUUGAGAAACUCAGAGAAGGACAUGAAGCAAAGAUGGGACCCCGUCUACGUCAGCAGGAUCAUCUCUGCCAUGGUGAACUCCAACGGUGACCGGGGCGUCUUGGUCGGCCGUUGGCAGGAGCCGUACACUGACGGAGUCUCGCCUUCCAAAUGGACCAGCAGCGUUCCGAUCCUCCAAAAGUGGAGCGACGGCAGAGCCCGGCCGGUCAAAUACGGCCAGUGUUGGGUCUAUGCUGCCGUUGGGUGCACAGUACUGCGUUGCCUGGGCAUCCCAACACGUCACAUUACCAACUUUGCUUCAGCCCAUGACACCGAUGGAAACCUUUCUGUUGACUUCCUGUUUAAUGAAAAAAUGGAGAGCCUCGAUACAAGAGGAAGGUCCGACAGCAGCUGGAAUUUCCACUGUUGGGUCGAGUCCUGGAUGACGAGAGCGGAUCUUCCGCAGGGAAAUGAUGGCUGGCAGGUUUUGGACCCAACUCCUCAAGAAUUGAGUGAUGGGGAGUUCUGCUGUGGUCCAUGUCCUGUCGCGGCCAUCAAGGAGGGAAAUCUGGGCGUCAAGUACGAUGCUCCGUUUAUAUUUGCUGAGGUGAACGCUGACGUCAUCCACUGGAUUGUGCGAAGAGACGGCCAGCGUCAGAAGAUCAGAGUGUUCCAGGACAGAGUCGGCAGAAACAUCAGCACCAAAAGUGUUUUCAGCGACAACAGAGAAGAUGUGACUCUACACUACAAGUAUCCAGAAGGCUCCAAAAAAGAGCGAGAAGUGUACGAAAAGGCGGGACGACCGGCCAGAGAGCCGUCCACUGACAGGACAAAACCAGGCAAACUGCAGAUGACCAUCAAACACGCAGAACCUGUGUUCGGAUCAGACUUUGACGUAGUUGUUCAGUUGAAGAACGAAGGAGGAGCAGAAGUUCACGCUCGUCUGACCGUGCUGGCCAUGGGGGUGACGUACAACUGCCGAGGCCGAGGGGAGUUUGAGAGACAAACCAAGAACGUCAGCGUGCCGGCCCACAAAGUUCACAAGGAGGUGCUGCGUGUGCGCUACGACGACUACGCCAAGUGUGUUUCUGAAAACAACGCGGUGAAGGUGACGGCGCUCCUGGAGGUUCAGGGAGACACCGGACCCGACAUGGUCACGGCGAGAAUCCCACUCGGUUUGCCUGAAGUCCUUGUCGAGGUUCCUGGUAAGGCUGUUAUACACCAAACGUUAACAGGCUCCAUCUCCUUUACCAACCCCCUGCCGGUGCCAUUGAAGAGGGGCGUUUUCACCGUGGAGGGGGCCGGCCUGGUGUCCCCGACCGAGGUCAAGAUGAACGGUGACAUCGGCCCAGGCCAGAAAGUGUGCGUCAAGCUCAACUUCUCACCCGUGCGGAGCGGCGUGAGGAAACUCCUGGUCGAUUUCGACUCGGACCGCCUCAAGGACGUCAAGGGGGCCGCGACGGUGGUUGUUAUCAAGCCUUCGGUGCGCGCCUUCUGAGAAAAGGACCACAGAAUCCACAUUUAUAUUUUCAGCUGGCAUAUGAAACUUUUGAUGCUCCUAAUUCACAUCUCUUUCACUGGCAUCGUCUUUUGUCCGUGGACUCGUACAUUAAUCGCUGAACAAGAAGGGUGAAAAUUCAUCACUCCAGUAGCAUGGUGUGCGUAUGCAUUCCAAAUCAAAAUGUAUUUUUCUACGCUUGAUUUUUACCCAGAAUGUGUGCACUAUUCUCUGAUCG